GUUGUGUUAUGGAUGGCACUCCGUGUCGGAUCGUUGCCCAAGACAAAAGAAAAUUUUGUUUUUACUGUUUCAAGUAUAUCAUGAUCUUUUCAGAGGCCGCUUCGUCAGAAGAACCAGCGUAAGUAAGUUGUAGUCGCAUCCGUUUGUCGUUGUUUUUCACUUGUUUACGUUCGCACUCGGUCUCGGGUGAAAACGGGAUUGAAAAUAAUGUCGUCAUCUGCGGCAGCGAGGGUGUACGAACCCUCUGUGAAGCGCGCGCUGGCGCACAAUUCUACUCUCCAGCAGCGAUUACUGCAGCAAAGCUAUGUGAACACGAACGGAAGAAGUGCGAGCCCACAGGAGCUGCUUUCCUCCUUCGAAGAGAAUACCGCGGAACUGAGUGUGCCCCUUAUGGUGACGAUUCUGCACAAACUAAGCCAAGACCGUUCAGGUUUCGUAGACCGUGUGCAGAGGACCAUAUGGGUCAAGCCUGUUCGCGACUGGGGAGAAACCGGCGAUCGAAAUUUCGAUAUUGGUUCUGAUUCGGAAAGAGCCACAGUAAGAAAUUCAAGAGGUGGUCCUGGAACCUGGAAGGCCUCUUCGUCCGCAUUUUUAUCGUCGAGGAAGAAAUCGUCGGCCAGUCGUCGUGCCUUCAGAAACCACACGGGCUUCGAAGACUUCGAUCUUUUGAACGGGGAGGAUGCUGAGAAUGCAGAGCUUGAGAGUUCUUCUUCUCCCGUCAAAGCCUCCUCCGCAACGGUCGAAGUAGAAGAGUUGUCCCAUGAAGUAGAGCAGACCACCAAGCCAGACGCCGCGGCAUCACUGGACUCCUUGACGCGCUUGCUAAAACGACUGCAGCACACGGUUGAUGUUCUUCGUGGCGACCAAAUUUCGUUCGUGCUGUUUUCUCUAGUGUCGCUUUUUCACGCAAAAGCUCUCAGGAAAACAAAGAACUUACGUCCCGGCAGAAUUUGUGCAGUGCAGGAAGUGGCGCAAGAAGCUUUCGGUGCUGUUGCGCGGGAAGCGGAGACUCGAGUGGGUGAAUUGAGUGGGCAAGCGUUGGCAAAAGUGGCGUGGACUUGUGCGACUGUGGAUGCAGCGACGUUCCGGAAGACGGUGGUCACGGUUUUGCGGCACAGUGUGAAGCACUUUGAAGACGUAGAUUUGGUCACUAGAAUGGCAGAAGCGGACAAAGCUAAUCUGGUUUUUGCAGCUGCAAAGUUGCUCGACGGAUGCCCGGCAAAACAGGAUGCGCGAACAAGCGAAGGAGCAAACGAGCCUCCUGACGGGAAGCACCAGCACGCAGGACACAACAAGCAUCUUGGCGACCUAAAGGCGACACGAUACGAGACUAUGACUGGUACCGUCGUGGGCAACGAAGAUGCGGAAACAGCACAAGGCGUCGCUGUUCGCUGGCUAAGUACGGCAACCAAGGAUUGCACCACCUGGCAGAGCUCGUGGCACUUGGUGCAGCUGCUGGAUGCAGUGAGCAGAGCCAGGCACAGCAGUGCGGUCCUUGAAGGACAAGGAGGACUUGCAGACCCUGUGGUAGAUGCACUGCUGGAGCUUUCUCGACAGAAAAGUGCUCUACCGAUACGAGAUGCGGUGCAAGCCUUGUGGCUUUUGGUGACACGCUUGGAGGCGGGGGACUAUCCGGAACCAGCGCUGGAGUUUUUCAAGCAGGCCAAGGCGAAAUCCUGCGAAAUGGACCACCGGGGUCGGGUGUUAUUUGCCGUUUGUGUGCGCAAACUCCAUCUUCUCGGUCUGGUCGAAAUGGACGAAAUGCGUGCCGUGCUGAACGCACUGCAGGAACAGUUCGUGCUGCACAGCGCUAGCUUCGGGUCCUGGACCGCGACCGACCUUUCGAACGUCUGCGAGGCCUACGGCACGGCAAGUGCAGGCAAUCCUCCCCUUCGCGUGCCCUCACCUACUGCCUCUGCCUUCACGGCUUCCGUGCUGGACGCUGUCCAAAAGAAGCACUUUCAACAGCCGCACGCGCUGGCCAAUGUGGUCUGGUUUCUCGCCGCGGAGCCCGAGGCGCAAGUUUCGAAUGCGGAUUUGAUGAAGUUGUAUCGCCGAAUGUGCGGCGCGCGCCGGCAGCUGCGCGAGUCUCAGAGCAAGCGCAACGAAGACUGUAGAGUAACUACUAAGGAAGUCUGCACCAGUAAGUAUUUCGCUCGAGUAGAGGAACGGGUUUUAGAAUACAGAAAUGAGCUACACGAGGAACUUCUGCAAAUGCAGUGCAACAGUAUUAAGAGAAAACCAACUACAGAAGUUCACACGCAUGAGCAUGCUGAAAAAUUUUAAUCUUUCCACGGCAGACGCAAGUCCUUGAAAGCGAUGUGGAUGUC